AUGAGCACCUCAAGAAUUGAAGCGACAUUAAGUCUGCUCCAAAGACAUAAGCCUCGGUGGCCCGACCCAGAGCUGUCCAUUGGGAAGUUUCUUGGCAACAUGAAAGGCAAGUAUAACUGCUGGGAGGCCCAGGGGCCUGCCAGAGAGGCCUUUAAACAAGUGGAACCAGAAAUCAAAGCGCUGCUCGAAACUUCGUGUGGUCCAGUACCGAGCUCGAGUUUCAUUCUGUUCGACAUCUUCAUGAUCGGUGAAACCCAGUCCACCGCCGUCCCCUAUAUCAUGUUUUCCUGUAAGCGCCGCAAGUACCGGAAGAGCGCUGUCACCGUUGUCGAACAGUCGGACAUUCUACAAGAGUGUCCGCCCGGGAUUCAUCUCGGUGACUGGGACUAUCCACCUCAUCUCAAGGAUCUCCGAUUCCUAGCAUCUUCGGCUGAGGGAUGUUGA